UUAACUUCCUGUUCCGGGGUCGGCGCGUGUUGCCUGAUCGUCUUGCUCGAUGCUGGGCUAAAGAGUUUUUUUUUCUGAUGUGUUGCUGAGCGCUGCUGUGGUAGGGAUGAUGAUGAUGGCGGAGCUGGUGCAGGGACAGGCCUCGGUGGCUCAGCCUGGAAUGAAAGCAGACGGCUUCGCCGACGCUUUACACCGGGCCCGACAGAUUGCGGCAAAGAUGGGCAGUGACCAGAUGCCCCAUCUGAACAACUCCUCUCCCGUGGUGGACCCCUCCCUCUACGGCUAUGGAGGCCAUAAACGCACGCUGGAUGACGGAGUGGGAAGCCAGCUUGGUGGGAUGGUGCAUCAAAGGGCUAUUAUCACAGAAGACUAUAAAGUGCCUGAUAAAAUGGUUGGAUUCAUUAUUGGAAGAGGAGGAGAGCAGAUCACAAGGAUCCAGCUGGAGUCCGGGUGCAAGAUACAGAUUGCUGCUGAUGCGGAACCAACACCAAACAGUAGCUACAGCCUCCCACAUAGUGGAGGUAUGAUGGACAGACCAUGCACCCUCACUGGAAGCCCUGAAAGCAUUGAGCAGGCUAAGAGGCUGCUGGGUCAGAUUGUGGAGCGGUGUCGGAAUGGCCCCGGUUUCCAUAACGACAUGGACGGCAACAGCACCAUCCAGGAGAUCUUGAUCCCCGCCAGCAAAGUGGGCCUGGUCAUCGGCAAGGGUGGAGACACCAUCAAGCAGCUGCAGGAGAGAACUGGUGUCAAGAUGAUCAUGAUUCAGGAUGGUCCUAUGCCGACUGGAGUGGACAAGCCCCUGAGAAUCACUGGAGACCCCUACAAAGUUCAGCAAGCUCGUGAGCUGGUGGUUGAGAUCAUCCGUGAUAAGGACCAGGGGGACUUCCGUGCCGGCGGCAGAGGGGACUUUGGCUCUAGGAUGGGGGGCAGCAGCAUGGACGUAAGUCCCCCCUCACUGCCCCCUUGUGUAGAGGUGGCUGUGCCCAGGUUUGCAGUGGGCAUAGUCAUCGGCAGGAAUGGAGAGAUGAUCAAGAAGAUUCAGAACGACGCCGGCGUGAGAAUCCAGUUCAAGCCAGAUGAUGGCAUCAGCCCUGACCGAAUCGCCCAGGUGAUGGGCCAGCCGGACAGAUGCCAGCACGCAGUCCACCUCAUCAACGAGCUGGUCCACACUGCACAGGAGCGGGACGGUUUUGGGGGUGCAGCACGGGGCCGCGGUAGAGGACGCGGGGACUGGAACGUGGGCGCUCCCGGCGGCAUUCAGGAGGUCACCUACACGAUACCCGCUGACAAGUGCGGCCUCGUCAUUGGAAAAGGUGGCGAGACCAUCAAGAACAUCAACCAGCAGUCCGGUGCCCACGUGGAGCUCCAGAGAAACCCGCCGCCCAACACCGAUCCCAACAUGCGCAUCUUCUCCAUCAGAGGCACCCCGCAGCAGAUGGAGGUCGCCAGACAGCUCAUCGACGAGAAGAUCGGGGCGUCAGGAUUGGGUGGUAGCAGCAGUUUUGGCCUGAGUCCCUUCACCCAAGGCCCUGCCACUCCUCACCAGAAUGGACCGCAGACCUUCAUGACCGGAGGAUGGGGCGCGACAUACCAGCCAUGGCAGCAGGGACAGCAGGACCCCAGUCACUCUGGAUCCCAGACCGGACAGAUGGACUAUUCCAAAGCAUGGGAGCAGUAUUAUAAAAAGCUAGGUCAGCAGAGCCAGGCCCAGAGCAGUGGUCCUGACUACAGCAAGGCCUGGGAGGAGUACUACAAGAAGCAGAGCCAGGCUGCGGUGUCUGGCUCCCAGCAGAGCUCCCCUCCAGACUACAGUGCUGCCUGGGUGGAGUACUAUAGACAGCAGGGGGCCUACUAUGGCCAGGGGGCCCAGCAGACACAGGCUCCGGGCCUUCAGGAUCAUUAGAGCAGCAUCCCUUUACGUGGAGACUUUUGGAUCAGUGAGAGGAGGAAAACAAACCUUUUGUAACAGAGGUUUCUAGAUUUGCAACGCCUUCAAGACUUACUUUUUUUUCUUAGCGAGAAACACUAGCUGUAGAAUGACUUAUACAAUUUAAAAAAAAGAAUAUUUCUAAAUCAGGAACAUAAAAAAAUUGUUACUAAAUACUUGUGUACACCAUUAUUACGAAUGGACAAUAUCCGGGAUCCCUUUUGGACUCAGCUGUUCUUUUCUGUUAGUUUUUUUCGUUUUUGUUUUUCUAUAUUUUCCUUUUGAAUUCAGAUUUUAAGAAUAAACCCGCCAAAACGAACCCCGGAAUUGUAACAUUUCAACAACGCAAUAUAAUCUAUUUUUUCUAGUUCUGUUGCAAUAAAAAUCGUAAUAUGGGGCUUAGCAGUCUUGGAACGACAUUUUUUGUUUUGUUUUUGUCAUAAAAUGUUUAAAGAAUGUGUAAAAAUGUUUUCUUUUCUUUUCCUUUUACAUAAAGCAUUUUAAUUCAGUGAGAUGAAACUGUGAUGUUUUGUUACAGGAAAAUGUAUUCUUUUGUUACAAAAAACGAUGAGUGAUGUUGGCAAAUGGCAGUCAAUUCCUAAUUUAAUUCCUGUUGUGCUUUGUAUUCUGUUUUCUUUGUCAUGUUAUUGUACUCUGGUUUAAAAGGUGCAAUAUCUUAUUUCAUUUUUGAAACAAAGAUGGAUUCUCUAAUAUUUUGACAAACGUUUAUCUUGUAGAUCUUAGAUAUAUUUUUUUUAGGCGUAUGGAAAUGUAAUGGAUAAUUUUUUUAUUACAAUGAUCUGAUAUUUGGGAUACAUGGGGUUGUUGCAUAUUGUGAGUUUUUGCCUUUGCUAUCUUGUAAAACUAUGUAUGUAUGCUCGGAUACUUGACUAAAUACUUUAUUUAAAAUAUAUAUAUAUAAUUAAAUCAAAGAUGUUUUUUUCUCUUCAUGGAGUCAUUAUCACAGGAAAACUGUCCCUGUUUUUCUGUUCUGUUUUCAUACUGAAAUUUUUCAAAGAUCGUGAAUGUGUAAUUUGAAAUUUGAUGUUGCAUCUUGCUAUGGACAAAAAUGAGAACUGCUAGGUUUUUAUGUAUGUUUGUUUAUUGUGUGCUCCCAGACUGCUAAGCCUCCAGAACCUACCUGUGUGAUAAGUAUAAUUGUAGUUUUUAUAUUCUAAGUAUUAAGAUCAGAGUUGUCUUAUUUGGUACCACCCGUCUCCUGACCUGACGCCCGAGAGCAGUACACACUGUGGACUUAGCCUACAGUCCAAUGCUAAUCACUUUUUAUUUUUUUUCCCUUUCAAUUAUGUGUGAUCUAAUAUAUGUAUGAUUGAUUAGUUAAAAUUUUGAAAAAUCUAGUAUUAACUUCAUUGCUUAAUGAAAAGGGAUCUUAUAAUUUCAACAAAUGUUUAAUUUUAGUGUUUUUCCUCAUGUGUACAGGUAACAGUGUAUUAAAAACAUCAAAAGACUA